AGUUUUUCCUCUCCACCGUUUGCUCAGGAUGGAGACUGUGAUGAAGUGAUUCAACACAAUCUGCUGCUUUACACUGGUAGUUUUUGUGUGCAGAGACCUGACACCAGAGGUUUAAAUGUCAAAGAAGUGGCUUUUAUAUGGAGCUGGGUGGAGGAACGGUAAAAACAGGAAGGUUCUGGAGAACUGGGGUUCUGUUUUACACACAGAGACCAACGAAGACCAGCGGAGACAUGGAGGACCCACACAGGACCACCAAACACCUGAAGUUUUCUCUCUUUAGGCUGUUAGUACUCAUCACAGUGCUGGGAUCCUGCUGUGCAGCUGUUGUUGACCAGAAAGACUGUGAAGCUGAAGGCAUCCGCUGCCAUCCUCAGGCCGACUGCAUGAAGAUCAGYAACAACUUCACGUGUGUGUGCCAGACAGGCUUUCAGGGAAACGGUCUGCAGUGCUCUGAUGUUGACGAAUGUCUGAGUCUCCUCCACAACUGUCACUCCAAGGCUCGCUGCGACAACACCCAAGGCAGCUACAUCUGCACCUGCCUCAGCGGAUACGUUGGAGAUGGAAAAAAUUGCCAGGACAUCAACGAGUGUCUAACAGCGAAUGGUGGCUGUGACCCCACUGCUGUUUGUACCAACACUGAUGGAGCGAGGCAGUGUAAAUGCAGCACAGGCUUCGUAGGCGACGGCUUUAAGUGCACUGAUGUCAAUGAAUGUUCGAACCAACAGCUCUGCCACUGGAACGCCACCUGCACCAACAACCCUGGCUCUUAUCUGUGCACGUGUAACACUGGCUACAAAGGAAAUGGGAACUACCUGUGUUUAGACAUUGAUGAGUGUUCAGAGAACCCUCGUGUGUGUUCUUCUUCAUUAGGAUAUAAUGGUUGUACAAACCUGCCCGGCUCUUACCGCUGCACCUGCAGCACUGGCUAUCAAAGUAACGGACAGAGCUGUGCAGACAUCGAUGAGUGUGCAGCCAACAUCUGCAGCCCUUACUCAGAUUGUAAAAACACUGUUGGGUCCUACCAGUGUAGCUGCAGAAGUGGGUUUGUGGGAAACGGGUUGACAUGUGUAGAUAUAAACGAAUGCAUCUCAGGCAACACAUGCAGUUCCAAGGCUCUUUGCAUCAACAGACUGGGCAGCUACGAGUGCUCCUGCCUGGAAGGUUACCUUGGAGAUGGGCGACAGUGUGAAGACAUUAAUGAGUGUGCUCAGCCGAACAUUUGUCCGUCUACCACCACUUGUGUCAACACUGGAGGGUCAUACAAGUGUGACUGCGGCAGCGGCUUCAUCUUCAACAACUCCAGGUGCGCUGACAUCGAUGAAUGUCAAGCAGGUCGCUGCAGCCCCAACGCAAGCUGCACUAAUUCCCCCGGUUCCUUUUCUUGUCAGUGCCUGACGGGCUUCAGUGGAGAUGGUUUCACCUGUACAGACAUAGAUGAAUGCUCUCUGACAUCACGGUGCCACUCCAAUGCUGUUUGCAGUAACCUUCCUGGCUCCUACAGCUGCACCUGUAAGCUGGGCUAUUCUGGGAAUGGAAAAGUCCAGUGCAGCGAUGUGAAUGAGUGUUCUGUCAGUAACGGAGGUUGCAGUAACAGAGCAACAUGCAUCAACUCUCAGGGUUCUUUCAGUUGCCAGUGCCCAUCAGGUUUCGACCUGAUCAAUAAAACAAUUUGCCAAGAUAAGAAUGAGUGUAAAGAACGGACGAAUCCAUGUGGACUGAAUGAAGACUGCAGGAACACUGAUGGGUCCUAUGAGUGCCCUUGUCAGACUGGGUAUUACCGUCCUACCAGCAGCAUGGGCUGUGUUGAUAAGGAUGAGUGUCAGGACAAACCAUGUCACAUCAAUGCCACCUGUCUGAACACUGUGGGGUCGUACACCUGCACCUGUAAGGGAGGCUUUACUGGAAACGGCUCCCAGUGUGUGGAUAUAGAUGAGUGCACUAAGGUUGGUUCGUGCCAUGCGAGGGCUAAAUGCCACAACUUCAUUGGAGACUUCUCCUGCGUUUGUCAAGAAGGUUUCAGUGGAAACGGCUUCUUGUGUCAGGAUGUGGACGAAUGUUCGCUCUCUAACACCACCUGCCCUGCCUUUUCUCACUGUGUCAACUCACCUGGUGCUUAUGUUUGCUCCUGUUUGAAUGGUACAGUCGCCUCCAAUCACACCUGUGUGACCCCUGCUUCCCUGUGUGAUCCUUCCUGCGACAGUAAGGGCCUGUGCCAUCGCUCACCUUCUGAAUACCAGUGUGUUUGUGAUGUGGGCUACGAAGGAGAUGGACUGACCUGCUUUGACAUAGACGAGUGUCAGGUGGAAAAUAUUUGUCCUGAAAAUACGACAAAAUGUGUGAAUAGCCCAGGAUCGUUUUCUUGUGUGUGCAGAGAAGGCUACACCCUCAACAGGACACAAUGUGUUGAUGUGGAUGAGUGUGAGACUCGGCAGCAGGACUGCAGUCAGUUUGCAGAGUGUUUAAACUCAGUUGGAAGUUUUUCCUGCUCUUGUUUCCGUGGUUUUACAGGCGACGGGAAGAAUUGCUCUGACUUUGAUGAGUGCCAACACCAAAAUGGAGGAUGCCACCCAGUUGCCACCUGCACUAACGUGCCUGGAUCUUUCUCCUGCAUGUGCCCCCUUGGUAUGGAGGGCAACGGAUUUUACUGUCAGGAUAUAAACGAAUGUGAGACAAACUCUACCUGGCCACACAACUGCAGCACCCAGGCACUGUGCCUCAACACAGAGGGUUCCUACCUGUGCCAGUGUACAGAUGGAUACCACGGUGACGGCUUUGUCUGUGAGGAUGUGGAUGAAUGCCAGUGGCCCACAGCUUGCAGUAAGAACUUGACCUGCCACAACAUCCCUGGUUCCUACAGUUGUUCCUGUAGUUUGGGACGUGUGUAUCCGGAGGGCACAUGUGUGAGUGAAGACACCUGCCGAAAUGCCAGCAGCAGGUGCCACGUUCAUGCUCAGUGCCACCCCUACCAGGGUUCCUUCUACUGUGGAUGUGCAGAGGGUUAUGAAGGAAAUGGUACUAACUGCCUGGAUGUAGAUGAAUGUGACCAAUCACAGGAGCCCUGUCCUGUUUCAUCCGACUGCUUCAACACAAACGGUUCUUAUGUCUGCAGAUGUUGGCAGGGUUUUCGUAUGAACGGAACACACUGUCAGGACAUAGAUGAGUGUGGAACACAGAACUUUACCUGCCCUCAACACAGCACCUGUUUGAAUCUACAGGGGAGCUACAACUGCACCUGUGACCCUGGUUUCCACAGCAACAAAUCCCUCUGUCUGGACAUCGAUGAGUGUUACCUUGGCCUCAUUCAGUGUCCGAACUUCUCCAGAUGCAUAAACACCAUUGGAUCUUCCAUCUGUGAGUGCUGGACGGGUUACAAAGGCAACAGCAGCGGCUGUGAGGAUAUCAAUGAAUGUCUGGAUCCCUCCACCUGCCCUGAACACAGCACCUGUGUGAACACUAAUGGAAGCUACCAGUGUCCCUGUGACCCAGGAUUCUCCAGCACCACUGGCCUGUGUGUGGACACUGACGAAUGCAGAGGGCAGAAGGACAUCUGCACAAACGGGACGUGCAGGAACACCGUCGGAUCUUUUUAUUGUGAUUGUUUCCGAGGGUUUUGGAGUAARGGGACUGAAUGUGUCGAUGUAAAUGAAUGUUCCCGUUCCCUGAACUCCUCAGUGUGCCAACCUCAUUCCACAUGUGUCAACGUGCCAGGGUCGUACCAGUGCCUCUGUGAGCCAGGCUUUGUUCUGAAUAAAACAGAGUGUCAGGAUGUGGAUGAGUGUUCUCACCCAGAACCCAGCCUUUGUCAGGAGCACUCGUUUUGUAACAACACCGUGGGGUCUUACAGCUGUUUGUGCUUCUCUGGAUACAAAGAUGUUGGUUUGAGUUGUGAGGAUAUCAACGAAUGUUCAAACACCUCCGCCUGUCGCUCUGACCAGGUGUGCACCAACCUGCCUGGAUCAUACAACUGCUCCUGCCCUCUGGGGUAUCACGAGGAAGGGGGUGUGUGUGUUGACAACAAUGAAUGUGAGAAGUCCCCCUGCCAUACUCUGGCAUACUGCUGGAACAGUCCAGGCUCCUUCUCAUGCCGCUGCCAUGAAGGCUUUGCUGGAAACGGCUCCUUGUGCACAGAUGUGGACGAGUGCACUGGAUCAACAAACCCUUGUCAUCAUCUGGCCCAGUGUCACAACACUCCAGGAUCGUUCGUGUGUGUGUGUAAGCCAGGCUACAUCAGCAUUGGCUCGUUGUGCGUGGACAUGGAUGAAUGUCUGCAGGAAUCAGGGAUCUGUCCCUCUGCUGCCACCUGCACCAACCAGGCAGGAAGAUUCAGGUGCACCUGCAGACCCGGCUGGAAGCCUAUCAGCACUAACGGCAACGGACAAGAUGGAUGUGUGGACCUAAACGAGUGUGUGUCCCACACAUGUGCCCAGCAAUUAUCCUGUGCCAACCUACCAGGAAGCUUCACCUGUUCCUGUCCAGAAAGCAGCUCAGUUUGCAGAAACUUGACUCAGAUGGAGGGAACCCUGUACCCAUACGGAGCAGGAGCAGCAGAUAAAGAAGUUCAGAUCGACUCAGAAGAUGGAAGUUCUCCGUACAUCUGGCCUCCGAUGGGUUUUCCCUUCAUGGGAAAAUCUUACGACAAGAUUUCUUUUUCAGACAACGGUCUGGUCCAGUUUCAGAUGGCCUCGGACAACGAUCAGUACCUGCUUCCAUCUCCCUCCGCCAGUGGUUUCCCUGAAGACAUGAAGCUCUCGUUGUUGGCGGUGUUUUGGGAUGAUGCUGACCUCACUAAGGGGAACGGGAAGCUGCACUAUCAGGAAUAUAGUAAAGGAGGCGUGUCAGAUGUUUACUCUCAGGUGGUUUUUAAUCGAACRGCAGACCAAGUGACAAAGUUUGAGGUUCUGAAUGGAAGAUCCUCCUUUUCUCCAGCCUGGAUCCUGAAGAUCACYUGGGAAAAUGUGAUGCCUGUGUCCUAUCAGAAGAUGAACGUCUCUGAGACAAACACCUUCCAGUGCAUCCUGACCACAGAUGGAGUCCGGUCCUUCGCUCUCCUCAGAUAUGGGGACAUGAACUGGGGUCCUGGCUUGAGGAAGUACCACGAUGCUCUUAUUGGCUACACAGAUGGCAUCUUCUCAGUAAAGGAGCCCACCGUCCCUCCAGGAAACCUCUUUGGGCCUGGGGGCAGGUACAGGCCUCAGCAGGUUACAGGAACUCUGGGUAAACUAGGCCAGCUGCUGUAUAACCUGACUGGACAGGAAGGCUCUGGACUCAGUCCUCAGAUCAGGUGCCAGGCGUGGGCGUCCAAGGAGCCGGACCCUGUUGAGUGGAUGGGAGGGGGGUCCUCCUGUCCCUGUAGUCUGUCCCAGGCUCUGGCAGACCUGUCCUUCCUACAGGACACCACGGAUCCAGGUCCGAGUCUGAAGCAGCUGAGGGAUGAGCUGUGGGGAGGUGCUACAGGAUACAUCUUCAGGUCACUGCUGUCCAACAGAUCCGGUGCAGGAAAGAUGUGUGUGUAUGAACCAGAAGGUGCCCUGCUGGCCGGGAUCAACGUACGCUACUUCACUGAAUACAACACGCAGAAAUACUACGAUGAAGACCUCCUGCCGUUCCAAUGGUGCUGCAUUAACUCCAGUCUGUGCCAGCUUUACCUGAACAAGAGGCCGAUGGACAACUGUCAGAGCUCCAGCUGGAACAGCCCUGGUGGAUCGUCGCUGUCCAAGAGGGACCCACAGGGCAUCGCCAUGGUGUACGGCAGCCUUCACUUCAUCACAUUUGAUGGAAGCCAGUACUCCUUCAAGGCUCUGGGGGAGUUUGUCUUGUUGCGUCUGUCCUCCACAAGUGGCUCUAACAUCUUCACCCUACAAGGACAGAUUGGACGACUACAGACAGAAUCAAAAGGGACCAUAGAGGUCCCAGCAGUGGUUCGCAUGGCUGCCUUCUACCAAGGCAUCGGCAAGGUUGAAUGGAGAUGUUCAGACAGAAACAGUGGACUACAGAUGUUUGUGGAUGAUGUUGAAGUUCCGGUCAGAAUUGGUGUGGUGCAUGUGAAAGAGAAGGUCUUUGCUGCUCGUUGUGUCUCUGUGAGUCUAUGUUCAGCCGUGUAUGCCAGUGGUCUCCACGUGGUCGUGUGGCGAGGUCUAGGCAAUAAUCAGAUGGCCGCCAUGGUGGAAGUCCCUCAGAACUUCUUCAAUCGUACUGUGGGCCUUCUGGGUUUCUGGAGCUCCAACCGCUCUGAUGAUUUCCUCACGUCGGAUGGGAAGAUCCUUCGUUCAGAGCAACUCAACCCCCCAGAUGAAGGGAAGCUGCAGUCCUUUGGCCUGUCCUGGACAGUCCCAGGACCAGAGAGCCUGCUGCACUCUUUGCCUCCAAACGUUUCUCUAUCACCUGUCUCCACCGAGCUCCUGCUGGAGAGCACCAGUCCAUCCAAGCUGGACGAGCUGAAGAAAAUGUGUAAGAACAGCAUGCCCUGUGUCCAUGACACUCUAGCAUCUGGUGUCCCUGAUGUGGGCCAACAGGCCCUGGAUGCCGAGACCCAGUUCCAAAACCUGGCUCUGAUUUAUGGUUGCAGGAUGUCUGUGUCCAAAGGGUUACAGCGGGACGUUUUGUGGCAACAGAAGUGACACAUGUCGAGGUAAACCCUGUUUCCGGGGGGUGCAGUGUCAGUCUGGAUCAGUACCGGCUCAGUUCAUCUGUGCAGCGUGUCCUGAUAACACCGUCUCUAAUGGGAAAGAAGGAUACAAGUGCUUUAACCACGACAUGUGCAGCCCACCUUUCCCCUUCCCCUGCCACAAAGACGCAGACUGUCUCAGCACCAAGCUCAACUACACGUGCACGUGCAAGCUGGGUUACACCGGGGAUGGACAAAACUGCACAGACAUCGAUGAAUGCACUGCGCUCAUGGCCUGUGAGAACGCCAAGUACGAGUGUAAAAACAGCCCUGGAUCAUAUGAGUGCACGUGUAAAUACAAGGACUCUAAGGGCAACGAAGGAUGUGGUGACUCCCCCAAUCCUCCAGGAUUCAACAUGUUUAAUGUGUCCUUGGGCUGGACCAACAGCAGAACUGAUGGACUGAAGCAGCUGGAAGGCAUCUUGCGUAAUGGUUUCACUAACAAAUUCUACAAUGUUAGCAAGAAAAGUCCAGGAGGAGGCUCCAGACCAGGUGUGGAAGAGUACCGUGUCAGUGUGUCGAGUGACACCCCAGACUGGUACAUCAGGGACUACCUGGCCCGAGGCAGCAGUCACUUUAACAUCAGCACCGUGGAGGUGGAUGAUCUGGACGAGUGCACGUCCAAGGAGGCGGUGUGUGUCUCGUUUGCUCUUUGCAUCAACACGUACGGAGGCUACAGGUGUGUUUGUAACGGCUCUGAUGGAAUGACUGAAGUGUUCGGACCCCAGUCCUGCUUAAGACAAGACAAAGUUGAACAGAACAGCACAGGAGCGGACCUGAUUCUGGCACUGGUUCUGGGUAUCGGCAUCCCUUUGCUUCUGCUCCUGCUGCUGGUGACACUGCUGUGCUGCUGCUGCCGCAGGAAGACCGUUUCUGGAGACAUCCCCGACUACUACCAAGAGCAAAUCCAGGAGCACCACAACCCCCCACCCUUUAACUACUCGGACCCCUCGCUGCAGUAUACAACCCACGUCAGUCCUCGGAUUAUAGACUACAUCCCCCCCAGGCAGCGCUACAGAUAGUCUACAGCCAGUUCUAACACUUUCCAACCUCCAACUCUGUCAACAAGAUGAGUCCUGUUUAAAAUAAUUUCUACAAAUGAUUCUGAAUGACUUUUAACAUCUGUUAGCAGACGAGUAGAGCUGAACAAGGCUGGUCCCUCAGAUGUCAGAACAUGUUAGUUAAAAUGAAAACUUCAGAAGAGCUUCUUAGUUUCCAGCAUUAAGCAAAAAAUCACCAUGUAGUUUGUUUACACCUGUUGUUUGUUUACACCUGUAGUUUGUUUACACCAGUAGUUUGUUUACACCUGUAGUUUGUUUACACCUGUUGUUUGUUUACACCUGUAGUUUGUUUACACCUGUAGUUUGUUUACACCUGUAGUUUGUUUACACCUGUAGUUUGUUUACACCUGUAGUUUGUUUACACCUGUAGUUUGUU